AUGACAGAAAAGUCAGAGUAGAUAAAUACUUCUACUCUAAAAGAAGAUAAUCUCAAGUAACUUAAUAAGGAUAGUAAGAGUGCAGCAAAAGAUGAUGAUCAGCUUUCACAAACCACAUAGUCCUCUGCAGCUCCAUAGAAAUCCCAAGUUGAUAAAGAGUUCUAAGAUUUUAUGGUUGAAAUGAAGAAACUCACCAGGGAAGAUAAUAAAUUUACUCAGGAGUAUUAGUUAGAUAGGCUAUUGAACUAAUCAUUUGUGAAUCCAUAUGAUAUCCUAGAAGUAGGAGCUGAGGCCUCUGAAGAAGAGAUAAAAAAGAAGUUCCGCAUGCUAUCUAUUCUUGUUCAUCCAGAUAAAUGCCGCCAUGAAAAAGCUUCUGAUGCUUUUCAUCUUUUGGAGUAGGCUUAUAAGACCCUUUUAGAUCAUGAGAAGCGCCGUAUCUAUCAAAGAGUUAUGAGAGAAGCCAAGGAGAGAGUAGAAUAUGAGAGGAAAAAAGAAAAUAUGAGAAGAAAAGAGAUAGGCAAAGACUCGCUGCCUGAUGAAACUUUCAACAUCGAAGUAUAAGAUAUGUGCAAGAAGCUCUUUGAGGAAAUUGAAGAGAGAAAGCAGCAUUUUGAAAGAUUAGACGCAGCCUACAAGAGGAAGAAGAGAGUUGAGGUCGAGACUACUAAAGCAAAGGAAGAAAUAUUGAAGGAAGAUAUGAAAGCUUGGGAUGAUAACAGAGAUAAAAGAGUAGAUGCUUGGAGAUCAUUCACUGAAAAGAAGGUUAAGAUUGAGAAAAAGAAGAAGACUCAUUUCGGCAUCAAAGCUCCUUAAACCAAGAUGGAGGAGAGACCUGAUCAUGCCCCUAAAAUUGACAGUGCUAAACCUAUGGGAGUUAACGAGGACUAUAAAAAGUCUUGGAGAUGA